CAGGGGGGAGGAGUCGCAGGACAGCUUUAUAAACCUCGAUCUUCUAAUAAACCAGUCCAGACUCUCUGAUUUGUGUCUAUAGUGUUCGUUCAAAUAUUCAUCGACAGCAGCCUGAGCGCGUGACCCCUCCACCGGAAAGCCCUCGUGAGUAGUUGAGGUGUUUUUGCCUUUAAAAAAAAAACAGCGCUGCCGCUGGAUCUAUCUACUCUCUCUCUGGACCGCAUCUGCGCAGCACCAACAGCAGGCUUGAAAACAGUGCAUAAACGCUUCGCUUCAAACAUGCCGUUCUCCGUUAACGGCAUCCUCGGGACGCUGGCGCUGCUGUUGCUGCUUUGGCGGGCGGAGGAGCUCGCGGAGGCGUGCAGCUGCGCCCCCGUCCACCCGCAGGAAGCCUUCUGCCACGCCGAUGUGGUGAUUCGUGCCAAGGUGGUGGGAGAAAGAGAGGUGGUCUCUGGGAAUGACAUCUAUGGAAACCCCAUCAAGAGGAUCCAGUAUGACAUCAAACAAAUCAAGAUGUUCAAGGGGCCCAACCAGGACAUCGAGGCCGUCUUCACUGCUCCGGUUUCUGCCGUCUGUGGUGUUACCCUGGAUGCCACCGGCAAGAAAGAAUAUCUGAUCUCAGGCAAGGCGGAGGCAGACGGGAGCAUGCAUGUGACCCUCUGUGAUUACAUCAUGCUGUGGGACUCCUUGAGCGCCACUCAAAAGAAGAGCCUCAGCCAGCGUUACCAGAUGGGCUGCGACUGCAAGAUCGUCCGCUGUCCUUCCCUGCCCUGUACGAUUUCCGCUCCUGAGGAGUGUCUGUGGACAGACCUGAUGAUUGAGAAGCAGGUGCACGGACGCCAGGCUAACCACUACGCCUGUGUCAAGAGGGCAGACGGCUCCUGCUCCUGGUACCGCGGUGUCGCACCACCAAAGAAAGAGUUUUUGGACGCUGAGGACCCUUAAACCCAUACAGCCAAAUUCACAGCUUGACGGAUCCACUCUUGAUGUGUUCAUUGGAACAAAUGAAAGAAUCCGUGCAAAGAAAAGGGGAAGUGAGAGUUUAAAGGGAUCUUUAUUUGUGCAAGGAGCGUAAAGUUUUAGUGUCUUUAUGUUGAUUGUAAAUGCAAACAGCAGUUUUUUUUUAAUGCUUCUAGCCGAUGGUUUUGUUCCACGAUUAAAACUUUAAUCGCUUAAUGUUGGCUUUGCCUCCAAGCUAUUAAAAGAAAGCUUUACUCCUGUCCUAGUUAGCAAGUUACUCAAGUUUACAGUGCUGUUUUAUACACCCGAAGCUACACUAACGGAAACAUAUAUAUGAUGGAGUAUUAGAGGCAUAAUUUAAAAAGCAAAACCCUUCCAGUUUAACAUUUUUUUCAGUGUUAUUAUUGUAAUACGGUAAACGAUUUUUGCGUGUGUUUGCGGUCUUUGUCGAUAAUCUUUCGAGCUGUUGUUUUGAGAAGGCCCCUCUUGCGCUGGAAUAACGUGAGAGCGAGAAUGACGAGUCCUUUUUGUGAAGAGAGAAACAGGAUAUCGUUACCUGGUGUGGACAGAGGACUGUGCAUGUGUUUGAUGCUUUGUGUAAGUCCUGGUGAAGGACUAAAUAUUCAGUAUUAUCAAAUAAAAGAACCAAAUUUGAAACAG